AUGGCGUAUUUUUCAAGAGGUGGAAACAGAGACGAAAGCGUCGACGAUUUCGACGAAUACGACCCAACACCAUACGGUGGAGGUUACGACAUUCACCUUACCUACGGUCGUCCAAUUCCGCCAUCUGAAGAAACAUGCUACCCAUCAGGUGCUUCCAAUGAUGAAUUUGAUUAUGAUCGUCCUCAGUUUUCGUCUCAAUCUGAACCUUCUGCUUAUGGCGAUGAAGCUCUUGCUACUGAAUAUAGUAGCUAUUCUCGUCCUAAACCUAGACCUGCUCCUGCUGGUUUUAACCCUGGAUCUGGUGCUGGUUAUGGUGGUGGGGGUCAGGAAUCUGAAUAUGGGUCUGGAAUGAGGAGGAGAAUCAAGGUUAUGGGAGGAAGACUGAAUAUGGUGAGACUGGUGGAUCGGAAUAUGGAUCCGGCAAAACCUAGCUACGGGAGGAGUGAGUAUGAGGAGAAACCUAGCUAUGGAAGGAGUGAGUAUGAGGUGAAACCUAGCUAUGGAAGGGGUGAUGAUGAGGAGAAACCUAGCUAUGGAAGGGGUGAUGAUGAGGAGAAACCUAGCUAUGGUUAUGAGCGUCCGGAAAGGCGUCGCGGUGGUGAUGAUGAUGAUAAUGAUGAUGAGAAACCUAGCUAUGGACGUAAGAAAUAUGGAGGAGAUGAUAACUCCGAUGACGAUGAUGGGAGGAAGAAGCAUCACCACAAGAGUCACCAUCGCAAGAGCUAUGAUGAUGACGAGUAA